UCAGCCCCGGUGCACGAUUACGGUCUAAAGUGCCGACUGGCCCCCGUCGUCCACCCUUUCACGACAAACAACAGCAACGACAUCCCACCUGUCAAGGCCCAGUACUUUUACAUGUCGCCGAUCCCUAUCGAUGAUCCUCUCUCGACCUCAAGCAUAGCUGGAUCCGCCGAUGCUAAAUCCGGCCGGGGUAUCCUCCGACCCUUCUCCCAAGGCGACAACAAUGCCUUGGAGAAGGCUUGGCUCAGUCUGGCCUCGGAUUAUUAUCGCCGGAACCAUAUCCAAGCCCGCCGCAACCGCAGCCUUAGCCCUUCCCUGGCUAAGGCGAAUGCCGAAAAGUUAGACCAGAUAAUACACGACUUGGCCAUUGAACAUAAAGAGAAGCACGCGCGAGAAGGCAAUAGUCAAGAACUCGAAGAGCCCACCACCGAUUCGCUGACAGAUCCCGAUGCCCUAUUGCCACUAUGUUGUCCCGAGCUCAUCGCCGAUGUGGGCGUUCAAAUCCGGACAUCCUUCUGUGCCAUAGCUAGAAGACAACAGCGUGUACUGGAUAGAGACAGGGUGGCUCAACAUGUUAUGGCUUCCAUACGGACUCUACAUGCUUCAGCUUCAGCUUCAGUUACAGACCAGCGUGUGCCGUCCAGCAGCAUUCCCUCAACACACCCCAGGGCCGACUCACUUGUCAUUGAAGCCAAGAAGGGUACCUCAAACCCGGCAAGCAGAGAUGAGCGAUCUGACUCUCCGCGCUGUCAAGAGACGAGGGUACUGUCUCAGUCGCAGCUUACAGCGCGAAGCUCUGUCAAUGAGGCCAAUACCACGGCCCCCAUCUCUAUACGCCCUGGAAUUGUGGAUGAUGGCAUCUCCGGGAAGCCAUUCGUGAAAAUCGGUACGCCGGAAACCACCCAAUAUGGAUCGUCUCCGGCCUCUCUCCCGCGACUGUCAACUCCUACUGUUGAGAACCAGACUCCUGAGAAGCCAAGCGCCGCUGUAAAGCCAGUGCUGCAUUCCACUGCAGAAAUGCCGUCGACAUUGCCUGAGAGAGGGCGAAACCCCAAAAGAAGGGGCUCUAUCGAUGUUCCCGUAGGAGUCUCCAGACUCCAUGAGGUGACUUUGCCGGCCCUGCAAAUGAAGCCAAUAUACUGGUCUCCAAUCAAUGACCUGGCCACCGUCUUACGCGGGACAUGGUUCUACAAGGAUACCAUGGUACCGGUGGACACGACCGUGGCCAACCAGUUAGAAGCAGGGUACCGGGAACUGAAACCACACUCAGAUACCUGGAACGUCGAGCUCAAGUGUGCUGUCGAGGUCGGCCCUUUGGGUGAAGAGAAGGUAACACACCAACUUUGGCCGAAGGACCUUGCUCCAACUGCCAAAACCAAUGACAUAAUCGAGGAGCCCUUGAUCUCGAGCAAUCCUUUCUGUGCCGCUCAUUGUUUCCAAGGCGAAGCCGCUGCAGAGGGGACCUUGAUCCCCUCGAAAAAUGAGGAUAACUCUCCGAAAGCACCCUCUCAGCGCAAAUACGAACAAUACCAUGUAAUCUACAAAAAUGCCACUGCCGCAUUUCUCUUGAAACCCAGUCUGAAGCCUUCCGCAUACCACGGAAGACGCCCGGUGGCAAAAAUUCUCAAGGGUAUCAUCAUCGGGAUUCCCGUUGUGCGAGGGUUCGACAAUGAAGAAUGGAUGAGAUUGCAUCAGAGGAAAGCCCAAACGCCGCACCCUACCCAGUCAAGAUCCGCAGCCAGUGAAUCCCAGGAGAGUACUGGUCGGGAUGUUUGUGCUGCCUGCAAAUAUGAAAAGGAGAGGGGCCAGGUUACUGACCUAGUACUUGUCGCCCAUGGUAUCGGCCAGAAAUUGGCCGAAAGGGUGGAAAGCUAUCACUUUACCCACGCCAUAAAUGCGUUCCGUCGGGCCAUCAACAUCGAACUUGGGAAUGAGACGGUUAGGUCAGUUCUCCGGGAUGGACAGAAUGGCAUAAUGGUGCUACCCGUCAACUGGAGACAGAACCUGUCCUUUGAGGAGGGCGGCCCUAUGAAAGAGGGAGACAAGGCCGAAUACAUGCCCGAAGGCUUCGGGCUGAAGGACAUUGAGCCCCGCACGAUUCCUGCCGUCCGAGGCAUGAUCUCUGACAUCAUGUUCGACAUCCCGUUCUACAUGUCCCACCACAAACCCAAGAUGAUCCAGGCGUUGGUGAAUGAGGCCAAUCGUGUUUACAGGCUGUGGUGCCGCAAUAACCCAGGAUUCUCAAAAAAUGGACGCGUGCAUCUGAUCGGCCACUCACUGGGAAGUGCCAUGGCGUUGGAGGUCUUGUCGAAACAGCCGACCGUAGCACCGGCACUGGAUCUCAGCAAAACGAUACAGCUCAAGUGGUUUGAAUUCGACACCAAAAACCUGUUUCUUCUGGGCAGUCCCGCCGCAUUCUUUCUGCUCCUGGAGCGGGGUGCUUUGAUUCCACGAAAAGGUCGUCAAAAGCCAGGGGCCGACCAUGCCGACAUUGUGUCUUGUGACAUUGUGGGCGAUGCUGGCCUGUUCGGCUGUCUUGCCGUCGACAACAUCUACAAUAUCCUGGCAAGAGAAGAUCCUGUGGCCUACUUACUCAAUGGUACCGUUGAUCCAAAGUACGCGGCCAGCUUGAAGACGGCAUACGUGCCGAGCUCGUCGAACACCCUGCUUCAGUCUAUGGGCAAUGUAUUCAGGAGUGUGGUGCCGGGACUUGGGCCAAGUGCGGAUCAAACCAAUCCUGCGCUAGUCAAACCGUCCACGAUGCGACUCCCGUCGAAUCUGGAGCUUGAAGUACACGAUUUCACGCGCGAGGACAUUGCAGAGAAGAAGGCAUACCUGCUCAAUGACAACGGCCAAAUUGAUUACUUCCUGCGUUCUGGGGGUGGGCCCCUGGAACUGCAGUACCUCAACAUGCUGAGUGCUCACUCGAGCUACUGGUUAAGUGCUGAUCUGGUCAGAAUGCUGUGCAUGGAGAUUGGGAGGAAGCCUGGGAAGGCGAACACGCUGCCAGCUAUGAGGGCUAUGAAGGCCUCGAAGCGG